UGGUGGACAGCUGAAAAAAACCUUGCCCAGACAGUUUGAUCAUACAGAAAACUUCCGUCUUUGAAUGAGAAAAGAAAACACUCGACUAGCUAAUGCUAGUCACGGCAAAUGAGCCUACUUCGGUCUAAAUAAGCAGCAUACCACGGUGUAAACAGGUCCUGCCCCCACAGCCUUCUCUUCUCUGAGUGUUGUAGUGAGUGAUUGAGGUGAGCCCCGGUAGCAGCCUUCACUCCAUACACAUAUACAGAAACGUUGGCCUCUGGACGAGGAUGACAAUGGAAGAGAUGAAGAAUGAAGCAGAGACGACCUCAAUGGUUUCCAUGACACUCUACACUGUGAUGUACCCCGUCUUCCACGAGUUGGAGAGAGUGAACCUGUCGGCAGCACAGACCCUGAGGGCAGCGUUUAUAAAGGCUGAGAAGGAGAACCCAGGGCUGACCCAGGACAUCAUCAUGAAGAUCCUGGAGAAGAAGAAAGUGGAGGUCAACUUCACUGAGUCACUACUGCGAAUGGCUGCAGACGAUGUGGAAGAGUUCAUGAUUGACAGGCCGGAGCAGGAGUUCCAGGACUUGAAUGACAAGGCCCGGGCACUCAAACACAUCCUCAGCAAGAUCCCAGAUGAAAUCAACGACAGAGUACGCUUCUUACAGACCAUCAAAGAUAUCGCCAGCGCCAUCAAGGAACUCCUGGACACAGUCAACACUGUCUUCCGGAAAUACCAGUACCAGAACCGACGGGCACUGGAACACCAAAGAAAGAGUUUUGUGAAUACUCCAAGAGCUUCAGCACACAUUAAACCUACUUCAAAGAUGGAAAGGCGAUAA